AGCAGGCCCGGCCUGGCUUUGGGCCCCUGGCCUCCUAGCUGGGGACUCUGUGCCUGCGCCCGUCAGGCCGCGGCCCGCUCCCCUGGCGCGGCAGUGGUCCCAGCUGCCACGCGCCGCCUGGGUGUCUGGGUGAUCCAUGGGCAGCAGCGAGGGCCACGAUGACAGAUUACAGCGGGGAGCAGCGCAACGAGCUGGAGGCUCUGGAGUCUAUCUAUCCGGACUCCUUCACAGUAUUAUCAGAAAAUCCUCCCAGCUUCACCAUUACCGUGACAUCUGAGGCUGGAGAAAAUGAUGAAACUGUCCAGACUACCCUCAAGUUUACACACAGUGAGAAACAUCCAGAUGAAACCCCUCUUUAUGAAAUAUUCUCCCCAGAAAAUCUAGAAGACAAUGAUGUCUCAAGUAUUUUAAAAUUGUUAGCAUUACAAGCAGAAGAAAACCUUGGUAUGGUGAUGAUCUUUACUUUACAGACAGCUGUGCAAGAAAAAUUAAAUGAAAUAGUGGAUCAAAUAAAAACCAGAAGAGAAGAGGAAAAGAAACAAAAAGAAGAAGCUGAAAAGCAAUUAUUUCAUGGCACUCCUGUUACGAUUGAGAAUUUCUUAAAUUGGAAAGCCAAGUUUGAUGCAGAACUCUUGGAAAUUAAAAAGAAACGAAUGAAAGAAGAACAAGCAGGAAAAAAUAAAUUAAGUGGGAAACAGCUAUUUGAAACAGAUCAUAAUCUUGACACAUCUGAUAUCCAGUUCUUAGAGGAUGCUGGGAACAAUGUGGAGGUAGGUGAGUCUUUGUUCCAGGAAAUGGAUGACUUGGAGCCGGAAGACGAUGAGGAUGAUCCAGACUACGACCCUGCCGACCCAGAGAGCGACCUGACCGACUGA